UGGCAGGCUUCGUUAAACUGUUUGCGGGACGCACAUAAGGACCAUUAAUACUACCAUUGCUCCGGCUCUGCUCGAUUCCCGCGGGACUUGCCUCGACCUUAUCAUCGCGGAGAGAGCUUUAUCGGGGCCAAGCAGAUGACUAUCACCGAGCCAGUGAUAAAAGUGUCUUGUGGUAGGACAGCACAAUGAAGGCGGCGUGCGAGGUGUCUAUGUGUAAAAAGAGGAAGCUGCACAAAGCGCGGGGAGUGGUGUAAGUGUGUGUGGUGGAGGGAGGUGCAGAACAUACACGCACACUCGCACAAAGAUACAAACCAGCGACUCGGCAUCGAGUGUGUUCAAGGCCUUGCCGCUCCGUGCUGUCUCUCAGACCGCCCUGCCCGGCUGCCGCACUUCCUGCCUCACUCCUACGCCCCUCGCUGCCUCACCCGGCCUCGUCUUCUGACUGGUGACAGGCCAAGUGUUUCUUCACAGUUUUGUGUUUCUCUCUCCUCGCCAUGGAGUCAGAAUCCUUGGUAGGCAGCGGCUCCAAGUCUCCGCCCCCUGACUACGGAACCAACAGGGAGCAGAGCGGCAAUUCAGGGAGUCCCUCGCAGGCUGGACCAGCUGGACCACACGAGGACGGGGACGAUCCUAACGUGGCGGACAUGGCUCGCGGCAGCGUGUGUCCCCUGAGUGCCUGCCAAGUGGUCCUGGUGGUGGUGGCAGCCCUGAUGGCGACGCUGGCGGUGGCUAUGCUGGCGGGAGGCUACCAGGCGAUGAUGAGAUACGCCGUGAACCAGCAACUAGUAAUCAAGGAGGGCUCGACGGCGUACGACAUAUGGAAGGAAACCCCGGUGCCUCUGUCCCUGCGCCUUCACGUCUUCAACCUGACCAACCCUGACGAGGUCCAGAAGGGGUACAAGCCGAUCCUGGAGGAGGUCGGUCCGUAUGUGUGGAGGGAGUACCACGAGAAGCGCAACGUGAGCUUCCACCCGAACAGCACCGUGACCUACCUGCAGCAGCGGUGGUGGGUGUGGGACCAGGAGGCAUCGGGGAACUGCUCCCAGGACGACCCCAUCCUCACCCUCAACACCAUCCCUGUGGCCGCGGCGUACGCCAUGAAGUAUACCGUGUACCAGUAUGCCCUCCAGUUAGCCCUCAACAUGGUGAACGAGAAGCUGUUUGUCUCCACCACCGCGCAGGAGCUGGUGUUCGACGGCGUGAAGGACCCGCUGCUCGACUGGAUUCAACACAACGUGGUUUCCGAGAACGGCUCCUAUCACUUCCUGCUGCCGAUACUGGAAGGGACCGGGGGCGGCAUCACUAAGUUUGAGAAGUUUGCUUGGUUCUAUAAGCGCAACCUGUCCCUCACCUACGACGGCGUGUUCAACAUGAUGACGGGGCAGGACACGAUCGACAACCUGGGGAAGAUCGACAACUGGAACGGAAGGAACGCCACCUCCUUCUACACUCCGCCCUGCAACCAGCUGACGGGUUCCGCGGGAGAGCUCUUCCCGCCGCAGCUCAGUCAGAAGGACCUCGUGUUCUUCAGCUCCGACCUCUGCAUGAGCGCCAAGCUGUUCUACAAUGGGACGCAGGAUCACGGCGGGCUGAACUCCUACCGCUUCUGGGGCACCAACCACACCUUCGCCAACGGCUCCACCAUCCCCGGCAACGAGUGUUAUUGCGUCGGCAGCACCUGCGCCCCAAUGGGACUCCUUAACGCCGAGUCCUGCAGGAUGGGCGCCCCGGCCUUCGUCUCCUUCCCACACUUCUACGCCGCUGAUCCGUUCCUGUUGUCGGGUGUGUACGGCCUGCACCCGGACGAAAAGAAACACUCCUUCUACAUGGACCUUGUGCCGGGCCUCGGAGUUCCCGCCGCCGUGUCCGUCAAGCUGCAGAUCAACAUUCACCUCAGACCAAACCCAAGCAUCAGCCUCCUCAAAGACGUGCCCGAUGUCUUCCUGCCGAUGCUGUGGUUUGAGGUACGCGCCGAGAUGACUCCCGAGAUGGCCUCCCAGGUGAAGAUGCUCAUUUACUUCAUGUCGUCCUCCGCGAUCUCCAUCGGGGUGUGGGUGGUCGUGCUGCUCGUCGCGGCUCUCAUGGUCCUCGGCGUGCUGCUCUACAACCGCUACAGGAGGGAACCGCCGUACCAGCUCAUAGAGGAAACCUGAGUGUGUCGCCGAGUGGUCUCUACCGUGUGUUGGUGAUGAUUAGGCCGUUAUGACGUCGCCCUACGGUGUUAGUUGUGCUUACUACUACUACUACUACUACUACUACUACUACUACUGCUACUACUACUACUACUACUGCUACUACUACGUUGGCUCCCGCGGGUCCUUUCUUCCCCUCUGCUCUGCCACUCCGUCCCCACACCUAUCUCUUCCUCUCAUAUGCUAGCUCAGCGUUACCAGAUUGUCGUACUCAGCCUCCUACGUUUGCCGAUUUCCGACCAAAAACUGCCUCCUCGACCCCAAUAACUGCCUUCAUAUAUAGUUAUCUUUAAAAUGGUUAAUUAUUGGUGUUUUUUGGCAAUAGUUAUGGCUCAGAAACCGGUAAAUAAGGGGCUCUGAGUACGAUAAUCUGGCAACGGUGUGCUAGCUACAGGUACCAUAAGAGAGGAAAAAAUAGGUGUUGGGACUGUGUGGCAGAGGAGGGGGAGGAAAGGACCCGAGGGAGCCAACGCCAAAACGGACUCACCAACCUGGUUUCACUAGACUACUAACACUUGGUAAUCUAUAACCGCUACUACUGCCAACUCUUCUAUUGCUGUGCUACCCCCAUCACUACCACUGCAACCAUUACUACGUCCUCUGUGGCGAAUGUGUCUUUGUAUGAGAGAGAGAGAGAGAGAGAGAGAGAGAGAGAGAGAGAGAGAGAGAGAGAGAGAGAGAGAGAAUUUAUGCACCACCUGUGGCUGUGCAAAUUAUUGUUACAUUUUUAUAACCAUUGCGUUGCAUUCACUCAGCAUUUAUUGUGAUAUAAUUAUAAAGACAAUGUUAAUAUAAAAACUGUAUCUAUAUA